AUGGGUGCGUUUGCCAUGCCAGCAUUGGGUGUGCUCGAAGUAGUGGUCGUCGGCGCCACGCUCGAGGUUGAUGCGGAGGAGGACGAAGUUGCCGACGAUGUAGCCGACGAGGUGGGGGAGGAGGAGGAUGUUGCGGAGGAUGUAGAGGAGGAGGUGGAUGAAGUGGCGGUGUUCACCGAGCUGAUGGAGAACGAGAUGAGCGUGCCGAGCGUUGCCGCUGCGUCGGUGGUUCGCGAUGAAGAGGUGGCGGUGGUGGAGGAAGCCGAGGUGGAGCGCGAGGCGGUCGUGCUGGCUGAAGUCGAGGGCGAUGAGGAGGACUGGGCCGAGACGAGUGCGAGCAGCAGCGCCAUGCACAGCAGUGUAGACGAAAGGGCGGAAGUGCGAACCAUGGCGGAGAUGGAUGCACAACAGAGCGGAGCAGAGCGCAGCGCCAACUCCAAAAAAGACGGCGCAGCGCAGAUCACGGGCGCUCUUCUUCUCGCUCGCCUGCGCUGCCUUGCGCUGCGCUGCGCCCGGACCGCCGUGCAAAAGCUCCCUUUAUUCCUCGACCACCCCCGCACUGACGGCUGGCUCGCCUUUCUUUCUCCAUCCAUUUCCAUACGCUCGGUCGGGCUCGGUGCAAAGCCAAGUCGCUCUGCAAGCACUCUCGUUCCCACCCGACACGCGCGGCUUCAUUUACACCCUCCAUCCACGUCACGACCAGCCAAGACCCACACCCGCCCACGUAGCCACGCACGUGCCCACACGCCAUCUCCAGCCUCGCUGCGCGCGCGAGCAGCUUCUUCCUUUCUUUCCUCCCGCUUCCGACUUUCGUAUACGCUCGUUCCAGCGGUCAUGGACUCGGCCAAGAUCUUUGCGCUUGGCCUUGCCGCCGGCCUGGCAAUCCACGUGUUCGUGCGCAACGGAGCACGCAAGGGCGCCAAACACGCACAGCAAGCUGCGGCCCCACCAUCGCCAUCCAUAGCAUCCAAGCCGGCCAAGAAAAACAAGAACAAGAAGAACAAGAACAAGGACAGCCCCACGCCUCCAUCCACCGAGGCCGUCGCUGCGCCCGCUGCACACGCACCCGCGCCCGCGCCAGAGCCCGUUGCCAAGCCGGUCGAGUCCGCGCCCGCCGCGACCACAUCCAAAAAGAACAAGAAGAACAAGAAGCAGCACCCGCAGCCAAACGCACAAGCAACCACACCCGCCGAGAGCUAUGCCGAGGUGGCCGCAGCUGACGACGCAGCGCCGGCCAAGGAGGCCGUGAGCAACGAUGCCAUCAGCAACGACGCCGUGCGCGCCAGGUCGGAUGCGGCGCAGGCGGCGUUGGUAGCUUCGCUCGGCGACAUGCGCGAUGCCGACGUGGACGAGCUUCCCGCCGGCUACUCUUCUGUCGCGCGCAUCCCCGCUUCCGAGCCCGCCGCCACCCACCGCAUCUCGCGCAAGGACCAGGACGACGGCUGGUCCUCGGUGGGCGGCACCUUCCCCUCGUCCUCCAGAGCCUCUGCGUCAUCCGCCAAGCCCAACGGCACGGCCACGCACACGUCGUUCGCAUCCACCAAUCCGUUUGCUGCGCUGCCAGACGACGCGCCCACGGCGAGCGUCAAGCGUCUUCCCUCCAAGCCCUCGGCUCCCUCGGGUGGUGGAUGGACUGUUGCCGCUCCGGGCCCGGUCAAGACGCGUGCCAACGGCGCCGCGAGCGUGGUGGGCGCAGGCGGCGAGACCAAGAAACAGCGCUCGAACGCCAACAAGGCGGCGGCCAAGAAGGCGGCCAAGGAGGAUGCGGAGCGGCUGCAGGCCGAGCGGCUCGCCAACCACCGCCGACAGCAGGCGCUUGAGGCUGCACAGCAGCGAGACGCCGCUCGUCGACCCGCUCCGCACUCGGUGAGCGCAAAGACGCCCACGGCCAAGGCGAGCGUCGACCUCAAUGGCCGUCUGGUCUGGGACUGA